AUGGAAAAUAUCCACAAGAACCAAGUCGGAGAAGUGUUGCCUUACCAAUUUGAGCCAGGAAAGGGCGCAGAAGCAAGUAACUAUAGCGAUGAAAGCGAUUCCGAAAGGGGUAGUGUUUUGUCUUCGUCUGAGGACGAAGUCGAUAUCGAAUUUGAAAGAGCAAACGCUUGGCGCCUUGAAACUUUAAGCUGGUGUAAAUGUGGUCAUUGUACAUUAUCAACGAAGGCUAUAGAGUGUUUUUGUUGCCACGAAAAAGCGGUCGAGUACGACGAGUACGGAGUGCUUCUUAACGAAACAGAAGCUCAAGGCGAAAAAUGUUUAACUCUACAUCCGGACUUUCGAGAUAACAUGCUGUCGGAAGGCGUGCUAAAGAUAGAUGUUUGUCGCUAUCUGGAAGAAAAUUGGCCUCUUGACGAUGGGGAUUUGGAGAAAAUUCACAAGCUCUAUCGCCUAGUGGCCUAUCAACGAUGUUCACGCUGGAUUUUUCAGAUAUUGGGGAAAAGAAGCGCAGACCAUUUCCUGCGUGUGUUUAUUCAAGCAUACGAGAACGCUUUGCGUCGCCUGAUGGCUGAUGGCCUAUACAUGCAUUUCAAAUAUAUGCCAAAACAUCAAAACGGUAAUCUUUUAAUAAAUGGCUAUUUAA